UAGUUCUGAUACUCGCUGUACAAGUAGCAUCAACUCAAGUACUUAAUAUCUGUAUAAUGAAUAUCCUACGGUGUCUUCUGUAUGACUAUCCGGUAUUAGAAAACAAUUCAUAUUAUCGCAUGUUAAAUUUAUAUUUUACAUGCAUUGUAUGAAAUAUUACAACUUUGGAAUGACCUUCCGAAGCUGAAGGUGACUUCUGCGGGACGGCUUGUUGUUGUGGGUAUAUGAUUGGUGUGGAUGUAGGAAUAGAUUGUAUUCUAAUAAUUUAAGAAUGGCAUUAAACAAGUUGGCAGUUGACAGCCUAAAUCUUGCGGGGAAACGGAUUUUGAUAAGAGUGGAUUUUAAUGUUCCUUUAAAAGAAGGUGUGAUCACCAAUAAUCAGCGGAUCGUUGCUGCUCUCGACACCAUUAAAUUUGCUCUUGAGAAGGAAGCAAAAUCCGUUGUUCUCGUGUCUCACCUUGGACGUCCUGAUGGGCAGAAGAAUUUAAAAUACACUUUAAAACCAGUAGCAGCUGAACUGCAGAAGCUGUUGGACAGGGAUGUGACAUUCCUAAACGAUUGCGUGGGACCAGAAGUGGAACAGGCAUGUGCAGAUCCAAAGGAAGGGUCAGUGAUCCUUCUUGAGAACCUGCGUUUCUACGUCGAAGAAGAGGGGAAAGGCGUUGAUGAGAAGGGCAACAAGGUAAAAGCAUCACCGGAAGCAGUGACAAAGUUCCGUGCGUCUCUGCGUAAGCUGGGAGAUUAUUAUGUGAAUGAUGCUUUUGGCACAGCUCAUCGUCCUCACAGUUCUAUGAUGGGUGAAGGUUUUAGUGUACGAGCAUCGGGAUUUCUUCUUAAGAAGGAACUUGAAUACUUUGCUAAAGCCCUUGAUAAUCCUGAUAGACCAUUCUUAGCCAUUUUAGGAGGUGCCAAAGUUGCAGAUAAAAUCCAGCUGAUAGAAAAUUUACUGGAUAAAGUGAAUGAAAUGAUCAUUGGAGGUGGAAUGGCAUAUACUUUCUUGAAGGUCCUAAAGGGUUUGAAGAUUGGGAAUUCACUGUAUGAUGAAGAAGGUGCUAAAAUUGUGCAAAAAUUGAUAGACAAAGCAAAAACAAAUAAUGUGCAGAUACAUCUUCCAGUUGAUUUUGUAACAGCUGACAAAUUUGCAGAAGAUGCAGCUGUUGGAACUAGUUCCUUGGAGGGUGGCAUACCUGAUGGUUGGAUGGGUUUGGACAUUGGGCCAAAGACCAGAGACCUCUUCAGAGAACCUGUACAAAGGGCAAAGGUCAUAGUUUGGAAUGGACCAAUGGGUGUCUUUGAGUUCGCCAACUUUGCAAAUGGGACGAAGUCAGUGAUGGAUAAUGUAGUUGCUGCUACUGCUAAGGGAAGCGUAACCAUCAUUGGUGGUGGAGACACUGCCACCUGCUGUGCAAAGUGGGGAACUGAAGACAAAGUGAGCCAUGUGAGCACAGGAGGAGGUGCCAGCCUCGAGUUGCUAGAAGGGAAGAUUUUACCUGGAGUUGCAGCUCUCUCAGAUGCCAAGUAGUGUUACGUCUAAUUGCAGAGAUAAUUUUAUUAGAGAAAUGCAUGAACGUGUUCCUGUAAGGUGAAGAGUAUACUUCAGCUGUUACUUGUGAUUGUAUUUAUAGACAUUUGUAUUUAACUAGAAUUACUGUGACAGGCAAUGUCUGAGAUUGCUUUCUUCACUGUGACAGUGAAAUAGUGAUUAUAAAUCCACUGUUAAAUUUUGUGUUGUCAUUAGGUAAUUUUUUAUAGUUCCUUAUUUGUUUCAAAAUGAGAAUGUGUCAUCUGUUGCAGAUAAUCAGUGGCUCUUUUUAAAGCAACGAAGUGUAUUAAUGUUGAAUGUGGUGGAAUGUAUUCAGUUUCAGAACAUAUCAGCUGCAAGUUUUUAACUUGCAUAUUUUUUUUGAGGUUAAAAUAUUAGACCUCAAAGGACCAAAAGAUCUGGAUAUUAAAGGCUUUGGUGUACAAUAAGUGAAGUAUGCAUGUGUUAUAGUAAAUAAUGUUUUUUAAUGAACAGUUGAGUUUAGCUAUAACGCAGAUAUAGGAAAUCUGUAGCCAGCUUGUUUCUGGCCUGGGCGUUGUAGUUUUCAUUAAUUUGUUUGCUUCCAAGCCUAUAAUUAUACACAUAAAAGAAAUUGUUGAUGUGGUCUUUUGGGUUGUGGUGCUAUAUAAUGUAGUAAUAGUCUGCAAAAGGAUGAGUUCUACCCAGUA